AUGACGCUGUUGGCCACGGUGAGGGAGGCGCGGCCCUUCUUCCUGAAGGGCAGAGGGACCCGCGGCAGUUCAGGGAAGGGCUCUGCGAGCGCGAGCGCCUGCCCCGUCAGCGUCGUCUACGUGAAUACUGGCUGCGGCGACGGCGGGGGAGGCAUGGCGGGAUACGGAGCCGGCGGAGGAGUCAGUGGAGAAUACGGCGCCCCCACUCUCAGUGCAGGAUACGGCGCCCCGACGGGGGCAGGAGGGAGUUAUAGCGCGCCUUCUGGAGGCGGAUACACUGCCCCCACUGGAGGUGGAAGUAGCUACAGUGCUCCGGUUGGAGACGGCGGUGUAGGAUUUGCUGGCGGUGGAGGAUACGCCGUCCCCUCGGGAGGGGGAGGAGGGAGGAUUAACCUGCUCCUCGGUGGAGGUGGAGGAGGAUACACCGCCCCUGGUGGAGGUGGAGGAGGAUACACCGCCCCUGGUGGAGGUGGAGGAGGAUACACCGCCCCUGGUGGAGGUGGAGGAGGAUACACCGCCCCUGGUGGAGGUGGAGGAGGAUACACCGCCCCUGGUGGAGGUGGAGGAGGAUACACCGCCCCUGGUGGAGGUGGAGGAGGAUCUACUGCUUCCUCAGGAGGUGGAGGAUACACCGCUCCGACCGGAGGUGGAAGUAGCUACAGUGCCCCUUCCGGAGGAAGUGGAGGAUUUAGUGGCGGAGGAGGAUACGGCGGCGGUGGAAGUAGUGUUGGAGGUGGAGGAGGGGGAUACGCUGGGAGUGGGGGAUGCUGCACUCAGCAGAUGCUGACUGAUGGGGACAUCCACAGUUAG